CGACUAACCCAUGUCCAACUGCUGUUCACAUGGAACCUUUCCCCACUUCAGUCCUCAAAGUUCUCAUUUGAGUAUUUGCUACUACCACCAAGAUCUGCACUAGGGGCCGUUCGACCCGGGAUCACUCCCAAGGCUUCGUCACGGACCCCCACGCCUGCCUACUCGUCGGGGCAUCGUUUCUACCCCGACGGCGAGGUAUGGGUAGCACGCUUGAGCGCCAUCCAUUUUCAGGGCUAG